AUGACAACAAGCAGCAACGGAGCAAUGGCUUUCCAAAAAGCCUCAAAGGUGGCCCGAACACCGCCACGCCAAGUAGCAGCCUCAGCGCAGCCCAUGAAGCAAAGCUCGAUGCUCAGCUUUGCCAGCGGGCCGCCACAGGAUGAUCUAAAGGACGCCGAUACCCCAAAGAGGCCGCAGGUCCCCCCUUCUCCAUCGAGUAGCGUGAGGAAUACCCCCCCUAAGAGGAGCAGGACCAGCGCCCAAGACAUCGAUGAGAUGGGAGCAAUUCUGGACGAUCUCCUACAUCAGAUGAAUGAGAAGGGAGGACACCAUCCGGCACCUGACACCAUCCGGCAAGAGGCGACCAAAAGCCCGAUAAGCAAGGCAGAAAGCGCUGACCCAAACCAGAAGUGGAGUGAGGUCAGAGGUAGGCGUGCCAAACGCAAAAAGACAGCCCGGCCAGACGCAGUGCUGGUUAAAUGCACCGAGGGGGCAUCAUAUGCCGACAUCCUCAAACUGGUCAAGGCAGCACCAACUCUCCAGAACCUAAAAAACAAGGUUCAGGGCAUCCGGAAGACUGCCUCGGGCGAGCUGCUCCUCAGGAUGCAGCAACCCUCAGACCCCGCCAUCCAGGAGCUACAGACGGCCAUACAGGAAGCGCUUGGCGACAAGGCAGCCGUGAACGCCAUGCAGGAGACAGUCGCGGUUGAAGUACUCGACAUCGACGAACUAACGACAGGCGAGGAAGUAUGGGAGGCCAUAGUUGCAGCGAUCGGCGGCCACUUACCCCAAGGAGCAGUGCUGUACAUGCGGAAAGCAUAUGGUGCCACGCAGGUAGCUACCCUGAACCUCCAGCCCGCACUCGCAAAGAAGCUCCUCGAGCUUGGCAAGGUGCGAGUCGUUUGGGUUGUCUGCCGCAUGCGGCGCCGGAUUGCUCCAACCCGCUGCUUUAAGUGCAUGGCCUAUGGACACACUGCAGCCAGGUGUAGAUCCAAGCGGCCUGUGUCAAGAGACGCCUGCUACAAAUGUGGAGGAGAGGGGCACAAGCACAACCAGUGCAACAACCCGCCAAAAUGCAUACUAUGCGUUGGCACACCAGGAGACACCCGCUCAACAGCCCACUCGGUCCUGAGCCGCAGCUGCCCUGAGUAUAAGAAGGCCCUAUCCAAACUGGAUCUGUUGGCGCAAACGGUCUUGGAGCAGAAUAUCGACAUAGCGCUGCUCAGUGAGCCCUUCACGAACAAACACGAAGGCAUCCAGAGUGGACUAUCACCAAGAUUUACGCAGCAGGAUUACGAGGAGAUCAUCAGCAACAUCGCCAACGACGCACGAGACAAAUCGCCGGUCCUAAUAGCGGGUGACUUUAACGCCUGGGCCACGACUUGGGGCAGCACCAGGAAUACUCCCCGUGGGACAUCGCUCCUAGACGAGUUUGCAAGUCUGAACGUCUGCCUUCUCAGCACAGGAAGCACCCCAACGAAUAGCAGAGCAGGACGGGAGUCAAUUAUUGACCUUACAUUUGUAAGCCCGGAGCUCGCACGCCACGCGAAGUGGCGAGUACUGAGCGUGUACACACACAGCGACCACCUAGCGGUGCUGACGGACAUCUCUGCCACCAGGAAUACCGUAUGGAGCCAAAGAGCACUUCAGACAGGCUACAAGGAAGAAACACUCGACAGAGGCGCGCUCCUCUCUGCAGCAGGAAGACUAACAGCCACCGGGGAUGCAGAAGCAUGUGCGAGCGCCAUCUCCAGGACCGUCACAGCGGCAUGUGAUGCACCUAAGGAGGGAAGGAAGAUCGGAGGAAGCUGUCACCGCCCUGUACCAUGGUGGAACGAACAAAUCUCGCAAGCCAGGAGGGAGUGCUGUGGGGCCCGUCGCGCCUAUCAGCGAUCAAGAGGCACCCUGCAGUUUGUGAGCAAUGGAGUGGCAUUCAAGGCCAAACGGCGAGCCCUAAGAGAUGCCAUUAGAAGCAGAAAGGCCAAAUGCUUCCAGGAGCUCUGCGAUGCGGCAGAUGCCGAACCCUUCGGGGGAGCUUACAAGCUGGUCAUGGGAAAGCUGAAUAGACAACCUAUGCCCAAGUGCCCCACCCAGUUGAAGGAAAUCGUUGACGCCCUCUUUCCCAGGCAACCACCACUACAAGAGGGAGUGAACGAGGAAAUCACGGAAGUCACUGAGCGAAUGGACAACACCAUCACCGCUAGAGAGCUGUUAGAGGUCACAGCCAAGCUGAAGAACGGCAAAGCGGCAGGACCAGAUGGAGUACCAAAUGCGGCAUUAAAAUGCUUAAUCAGCGCACACCCCGACGUAUUCACACGGAUGUUCAAUCAAUGCCUAGCGGAACGGACAGUGCCACGAGCGUGGAAGCGACAAAGGCUUGUCCUGCUGCCCAAGCCGGGCAAGGAGCUAAGCGACCCAUCUGCAUACCGGCCGCUAUGUAUGCUGGACACCAUGGGCAAAAUAUUUGAGAGGCUCAUAUGCAAUCGCCUAGAGGCUGAACUGGCUGAGCGCCACGGCCUUUCCGACCAGCAAUUCGGGUUACGAAAACAAAGAAGCACCACAGACGCCAUCAAAAUGGUAACGGAUCUGGCCAGAGCUGCCAUUGCGGGAUCGCGAUGGGCUGGAGGCACCAAAGAAUAUUGUUUAGUAUGCACGCUAGACGUACGGAACGCCUUCAACACAUCCAGCUGGAGGAGCAUACUGGAAGCCCUGACGAGGAGAGGCAUAUCUUUGUAUAAAAACGCUGAAAAGCUAUUUUACAGACCGAGUCCUGCUCUAUGA